AUGACUUCGGUUUGGAAGCGACUGCAGCGUGUGGGGAAGAAGGCGUCUAAAUUUCAGUUCGUCGCGUCUUAUCAGGAGCUUGUCUUGGAGUGCACGAAGAAAUGGCAGCCGGACAAACUCAGGGUGGUGUGGACCCGAAGAAACAGACGCAUGUGCUCCAAGUUGCACAGUUGGCAGCCGGGCAUCAAGAACCCGUACCGGGGCACGGUGGUGUGGCCCGUCCCCGAAAACAUCGACAUCUCCGUCACUCUGUUCAAGGAUCCUAAUGCUGAGGAGUUUGAGGACAAAGAGUGGACAUUUGUGCUCGAAGGGGAGAGCAAGGGCCACCGUAAAGUGCUGGCGUCCGCAGACAUCAACAUGAAGCGUUUUGCGAGUCCCACUCCGACACAGACCGACCUGACGCUGGCGCUCAAGCCGCUGUCCGUGAAGGUGGUGGAGGCCUCACUCAAACUGUCCCUGUCCUGCGUCUUCAUCCGCGAGGGGAAAGCCACUGAUGAAGACAUGCAGAGUCUGGCCAGUCUCAUGAGCGUCAAACCCACCGACAUCGGGAACAUGGACGACUUCAACGAGAGCGACGAAGACGAGGACCGGAAAUCUCUCAACGCAACAGCUGUUUCACACACUCUCGUUCGCCCCAACCGCCCUGCUCCUCCUCCUCCAUCCGAUCAGAAGCCAUUUGCCCCAACAGCAGCUUCAUCCCGUCCACCGCUGCCCACCGCCCCUCGCCUCUCUCCACGCCGAACAAGACACGCCUUCUCCUCUGCUCCCGUCCAAUCAGAGCCUCAGCCCUCCCCUGGCCCCUCCCCUCAGCCCUCACCCAGAUCCAAGCACAAAAAACUAGCACAGAACACCUCUCAAACACCAGACGCUAAACUUCUUCUAGAUGCUCCUACCACAUUCGUCGAGCAUGUGGCCCCCAACAGCCCCCUCUCUCACCCCCCUUCUCUGCCCAAAAUCUUCCAGUCAGGGCCGACAAAAGUUCCUGUUUCAGGCCAACAGCGCCCUCCAGAGGCUGAACCUGAGCAUGACAGGACUUCUGGCCGGUCUCAUAUUUUCAAGCCGCACAUAGUGGCCUCUGUCGGUCGCCCUUCCUCUCCUUCCCCCUUUGCUCCUGAUUCAACUCAAACGGCUUCUUCUCAGUCUGCAGCAGAGUCAGGGGGUGCUGUGGGUGCUCCAGACCCCACCCCCAUCCCUCCCUUGAUCAGCCCAGACCUUGAGGCUCUGUGUGACCCUCCUGGUCCUCUGUCCUCUCUGGUUCUCCCUCUACGAUUGGCCGCAUCCCAAACCACAUCCACUCCCAUCAAAGCACUAAAUAACGUACACACUCGUCCAUCAGGACCGUAUCUGAGCAUGGUUGAAGAGGAGGCUGUAACAGAAGCUCCAAAUAACCAUGUGACUCCAAACACCAGUGGCCCCCGAGAACCAGUAAUGCCAACAGCACUCACAAAAACAGAUACGGAUCAAGGCAAAACAAAAAAACAAAGCUUGGGCCCGUCCCACUCAGAGCUGAUCGUAGCCCCGCCCCCUCCCUGGCCUUUCUCCUUGAGUGACAGCAGUGCACCUCAACAGCCCUCCACCAGUGUCGUAGCGGCUUUUAUCACCCCAAAAAGAGAGAUAGGCACAAAUGAUGAGACGCCCCCAUUAGCCGAGCUGGAGGACAUCUUUGAAUCACCCGACCAAUCACAGGACUUCGCGGGUCUGUUUUUGGAGGAGGAUGACUCUAAAAGCGACACAAUCAAAAGAUGUCCUCCUGGUGUUGAACCACAGCAAACCACAGCAAAGCAAACACAAGAAACUGCAAAAGAAGAGAAAAAGCAAGAACCAGAGCGUCUGAAAAAAGAAGACGAGAAAAAACGACUUUUGGAGGAAGAAAGACGACAACUGCUGGAGGAGGAGAAGAAGAGAGCUCUGCAGGAGGAGCGAGAGAUCAGAGAGGAGAAGGAGAGAAGGCAACAAGAGGAGGAGCGAUUGUUGAGACAGAAGAAGGAGAGACAGGAGCAGGAGGAGCAGAGGAGAGCAGAGGAAAAGAGCAGAGAGGAAGAGGUGCAAAAACAAGGGGAGGAGGACAAGCUACGAAGGGAGGAGGAGGAGAGGAAGAAGGAGAAAGAGCGGAUUCUGAAGAAAAUACAGGAGGAAGAGGAGGAGAGGAAGAGGGAGGCGGAGGAGCGAUUGUUGAAACAGAAGGAGAGGCAGGAGCAGGAGGAGCGGCGGAAACUGGAAGAAGCCGAAAAGAGAGAGGAGAGGAGGAGGCGAUUCGAGCAGGAGAGACGUCAAAGAGAGGAGGAGGAGGAGAGGAGGAGGCGAGCGUGGGAGCAGAGGGUAAAAGACGAAAUCGCGAAGAAAAAGCAAGAAGAGGAGGCGAAGAAAGCACAAGAGGAGAAGCUGCGUCUGGAACAGGAAGAAAAGGAGGAGAAAGAGAGGAGAGAGCAGGAGCAGGAGAGAGUAAGGAGAGAAGCAGAAAUCCUAAAGCAACAAGAGGAGAGACCACGACAAGAGGAAAUCAAAAAUGCUCAAGAAAAAGAACGAAAGCUAAAGGAGGAGCUGGAGAAAAGGGAAAAGGAGGAGAAGGAGGUGGAAUUGAGAAAGAAACAAGCAGAGGAGGCGCAGAGGAAGCUCGAAGAGGAGAAACUCAGAAAAGAGGAAGAACUGAGACAAAUUAGACUACGAGAGGAGGAGGAGAGGAUUCGGAAAGAACAAGAACUCAGAGCUAGAAAGCUAAAGGAGGAGGAGGAGAAACUUCAAAAAGAACAAGCUAGGAAACAUAAGGAGGAAGAGGAGGAGAGGAGGCGACAAGAGGAGCUCAGGAGAGAGAAAGAAAACAAGAAAAAACAGGAGGAGGACCAGAGAAAAGAGCAGGAGAAAAGACGUCUGGAGCAAGAAAAAGAAAGGAAACAGCAGGAGGCGCAGAGGAAGAUCGAAGAGGAGAAACUCAGAAAAGAGGUUGAACUAAAAGAGAUGAGACAACAAGAGGAGAAGAAACUUCGAAAAGAACAAGAGCUCAGAGCUAAGAAACUGAAGGAGGAGGAAGAGGAGAGGAGGCGUCAAGAGGAGGUCAAGAGAGAGAAAGAGAUGAAGAAGAAACAGGAGGAGGAGCUGAAAAAGGAGCAGGAGAAAAGACGUCUGGAGCAAGAGAAAGAAAGGAAACAGCAGGAGGAGGUGAAGAUGAAAAUUGAAGCAGAGAAACUUAGAAAAGAGGCUGAACUUAAAGAAAUUAGACAACGAGAGGAGGAGGAGAAACUUCAAAAAGAACAAGAUAGGAAAUUUGAGGAGGAGGAAGCGGAGAGGAGGCGUCAGGAUGAGCUCAGGAGAGAGAAGGAAAAGGAGGAGGAAAUGCAAGGGGAGCAGGAGACAAGACGUUUGGAGCAAAAGAGGCUGAAAAAGAGUGAACUGAAAGAGAAAAAACGACAACUACAGGAGGAGGUGCAGAGGAAGAUCGAAGAGGAGAAACUCAGAAAAGAGGCUGAACUUAAAGAGAUGAGACAACGAGAGGAGGAGGAGAAGAUUCGCCAAGAAGAAACAAGGCGUUUGGAGGAGGAGAAACUUCGAAAAGAACAAGAGCUCACAGCUAAGAAACUGAAGGAGGAGGAAGAGGAGAGGAGGCGUCAAGAGGAGCUCCGGAGAGAGAAAGAGGCGAAGAAGAAACAGGAGGAGGACCUGAAAAAGGAGCAGGAGAAAAGACGUCUGGAGCAAGAGAAAGAACAAAGACAACAGGAGGAGGUGCAGAGGAAGGUCGAAGAGGAGAGACUCCAAAAGGAGACAGAGCAUGAAAAGAUCAGACAACAAAAGGAGGAGGAGAGGAGGAGGAAGGAGCAAGAGCUCAGAGCCAGAAAGCUUAAAGAGGAGGAGGAGAAACUAGCUAGGAAAUUAAAGGAGGAGGAAGAGGAGAGGAGCCGUCAAGAGGAGCUCCGGAAAGAGCAAGAAAAAAAGAAGAAAGAGGAGGAACACAAGAAACAGGAGCAGGAGAAAAGACGUUUGGAGCAAGAGAAAGAAAGGAAGCGACAGGAGGAGGUGAAACUCCGGAAAGAGGCUGAACUUAAGGGAAUCAGACAACGAGAGGAGGAGGAGAGGAGGACGAAGGAACAAGAGCUCAGAGCCAGAAAGCUCAAGGAGGAGGAGGAGAAACUAGCUAGGAAAUUUAAGGAGGAGAAAGAGGAGAGGAGACGUCAAGAGGAGAUCAGGAGAGAGCAAGAAAAUAAGAAAAAACAGGAGGAAGAAAUACAAAAGGAGAAAGAGAAAAUACGUCAGGAGCAAGAGAAAGAAAGGAAACAGCAGGAGGUGAAGAGGAAGAUUGAAGAGGAGAAACUCCGGAAAGAGGCAGAACUUAAAACCAGACAACGAGAGGAGGCAGAGAGGAUUCAGAAGGAACAAGAGCUCAGAGCAAAAAAGCUUAAGGAGGAGGAGGAGAAACGAGCUAGGAAACUUAAGGAGGAAGAGGAGGCGAAGAGGAAAGAACAAGAGCUCAGAGCCAGAAAACUGAAAGAGGAGGAGGAGAGGAGACGUCAAGAGGAGCUCCGGAGAGAGAAAGAAAAGGAGGAAGAAAUGCUAAGGGAGCAGGAGAAAGAGGAGGAGAGGAUUCGCCAAGAAGAAGUGAGGCGUUUGGAGGACGAGGCUAGGAAACUUAAGGAGGAGGAAGAGGAGAGGAGGCGUCAAGAGGAGAACAAGAGAGAGCAAGUAAAGAAGAAAAAACAGGAGGAAGAAAUGCAAAAAAAGCAGGAGAAAAGACGUUUGGAGCUAGAGAAAGAAAGAAAACAGCAGGAGGAGGCGCAGAGAAAGAUUGAAGAGGAGAAACUCAGAAAAGAGGCUGAACUAAAAGAAAUCAGAAAACGUGAGGAGGAGGAGGAGAGGAGGAGGAAGGAACAAGAGCUUAGAACUAGAAAACAAAAGGAGCAAGAGGAGAAAAUUCAAAAAGAACAAGCUCAGAAACUUAAGGAGGUGGAGGAGAGGAGGCGUCAAGAGGAGCUGAGGAGAGAGAAAGAAAAGGAGCAAGAAAUGCAAGAUGAGAAAGAAAGAAAACAACGAGAGACGGAGGAGAGGCUGAGGAGGGAAGAGGAGAAACGACAGAAAGAGCGAUCGAAGCGACACCUUGAGGAGGAGAUAAAGAGGGAAAGGAGGAGACAACAGGAAGAAGAACUGACAAGGAAGCAGGAGGAAGAGAGGAGGCAUGUGGAGGAGGAAAAACAACGAAAGGAAAAGGAGGCGAAGGAGAAAGAGCGAAAGGCCAAGGAGCGAGAGAGGCACGAUGGGGAGAAGCUGAAACGCAAAAUGGCCGCCGCAGCGAGCGAAGAGGAUCUGAACAAAUCGGACGAACAGAAAAUGAGAGGUUUGAUCGACACCACGUCCAAGGUCGCGCACAAACCGCCCCUGGCUGUGAAAGCGAGCGUGCAAAGUGCGCCUCCUGCUCCCUGCCUCCCUCCUCUGGACAAAACGAGCACUGCGCCCCCCAAAAGCCAAGAGCGUCUUGAACACCCUUCUUUCACAAAGCCCACCACUAUCUCAAACAAUAUCCAUGAAAUUCACCCAACUUUGCAAAUUCCUCCAACUUCCACCGAGACAAUCAUUCAAUCUCAAGAUAAUUCUUUGCCCGUGGAGGCUACUGUGACCGCAGUCCCAGCUCCACAAAAUAUAACAGAGGCCGAAAUCCCUUUGUGGAAAAAGCUGGAGGAAAAAUCAGGAGCAGAAAUUGAAAAAGAGACAAUGAAGGAAGUUGUUGCACAAGAUGUAAAAGGUUUGAGCGGCGGAAUGGAGACAAAACUUGAAAAACAACCAGCUGUACAGGCCGACACAUCAGAAAACAUUUUGCCUACACACACGACUCCUCCAUUGGUGAAAGAAGAACCAAAGAGACCUCGCACUGAACCAGAAACCCAACCGAAAUCCUGCCCUAAACCAACUACAGAGACGAUCGCUUUAGACCUGGCGCCACUUCUGCCUUCAAAAUCACAAACAGGCCACGUCCCAAAGGCAAACUCACAACAGGAUGUAUCCACAGAAGCAAUAAAAGACAAUGAAAAGCCUGUGUUAGUGGCAGAAAAACAGCUUCGGGCAACAGUGGAGGAGACAGAGGGGGACGGAGGGAGGAGCUGUGCAGCCGUCAUGGGUGUGACCGAGGGAAUUAAUCCAGCAACUUCUGUACAGCCAAAAAUGGAAACGAAAGAUGAAUCAUCACUUAAAAAGACUUCAAACUCCACUGUCCCACAAGAAGAAGCUUUAGCUGUCAGCAUUUCUCCCCCUAAAGACUUCUGCGACACCAGAGACGGUAAAACUCUGACCGUAAAAUCAACAGAACCGAUCAAAGAGAGUCUCAGUUUUGUUGCAAGUCUUCGCCUAGCCGCCAGCCAACACGAGAAAGAGCAAGAACGCGACCCAGUGGACGCCAUUUCAAGCAAUCAAAAGCAAGAAAGAACCAAAGAAGAGUCGAGUGUGGAUAAAUGUGUUGAAAAGGACAGUGCAAAGACGCUUGAACCAGUGGUGUUGAAAGAGGCCGUAAAUCCUGAUAUAGCAAAGAAAGACCAAACAAAAAGUGAAACUAAAUCACUAAACCAGACUGUUUCUCUUGUCAAUGAUGCCUCCUCUACAAAGCCAACGAUCAAAGCAGCGAAUUCUCGGACGAAACCCAAAAAGGUCCCGUCUGGUGCUAUUCCAGUGUGGAUGAGGCAAGAGGAGGAGGAGGAGGUGGAGUAUGAGAUGGGACAUGAAGAUUUGGGGUCUGUGUGGCUGGCUGAGCUGUACAUGGACAGGACAGAAGGCCCAACUCAGCCGACAUUGCAACAACCUGCGGAUACCAAGAAACCAUCAGAAGAUCAGCAAACCCAAAAUAUGCAACAAAAUAGGACUGAGUUUUUUGUAACCAUCAACUCAUCAACAUCGUGCCAAGAACAUGUCCAUGAAAAUUCUCCACAAUUGCAGCAACCUGGCCAGACAGUAGACUUAAAACCCACUCAGCUCGAUCCGAAGGAAGCAGAUGUUCAUGUAGAUACUGAAAUGCUGUCUUUGCCGAGCGUUCCUUCUGAAACCAAGACAACAGUCGAUAUUGGGGACUCUGAAGCAAAAACACUGGAACAUAAAGUGAUUGAAAAGCAAGAAAAGAAAGAUUCAGCCGUAAAAGAGGAGGUUUCCAUGUCUCAAACACCUGUAGAGAGCCAAGUAACUAAAGACAAACAGCUUGAGGAAGAAGAGAAGCUCCUAUUGGCUAAAAUCAGAAAAAUGUCAGGAGACCAGUCCCCGAUCGCCAAGACGAUGAAGCGGCUUAUCCCAGAUCCAGAUCCUGCCAAUGAGGAUAUCGGGCAAGAAAAGGGCAAGACUGAAAAAGGUCCUAUCACCCUUGAGUCGAAGACUGAAGUGUUAUUAUCUGACAAACAAGAGGACAAGAAGGAGGUAGAAGACAUGUCCAAAAACAAACUAUCAGACAGUCCAAUCCAAAAUGGCGACCCCAUUUCUACAAAGCCACAGGUGGAGAGCAGCCGUUCAUCUCCUUCACAUGUGUAUGAAAUGUCCACCUCCAGACUUCCUACUUUAAUAGAGGAAGAAACAGCAGAAGUCAAAGCUGAGUCCACAGAUGCAAGAAAAGUGGUGAAGGACGAGGUCGAUGGGAAGGAGCACCCAAAAGAGGAUUUGGUGAACUCCAGCCAGUCUCUGCUGCAGUGGUGUCAGGACAUCACUCAAAACUACAAAGGAGUGAAAGUCACAAACUUCAGCACGUCCUGGAGAAAUGGACUCGCUUUCUGUGCUAUUCUGCACCACUUCCACCCAGAGAAACUGGACUUUGACCAACUGGAUCCUCACGAUAUCAAAAUGAACAACAAGAAGGCCUUUGAUGGGUUUGAGUCCCUGGGCAUCUCUCGCCUCCUGGAGCCUCUGGACAUGGUGCUGCUGUCUGUACCAGACCGCCUCAUCGUCAUGACGUAUCUCAGCCAGAUCCGCUCCUACUUUACCCACCAGGAGCUGAGCGUGCUGCAGAUCGAGCACAACAGCAGCCAAUCCAGUUACGGCCUGUCCCCCUGUGGCCCCGCCCCCUCGCAGACAGACGCCGCGGCCUUCUGCAUGGCCCGCCUCAACGAGGGGGGGAGUGUGGAGGACGGAGGGGCCCUGGUCGCUCCGCCCAGGGUCAAGAGGACGGGCAAAGGAGAAGACUCAAUAAUCCCAGUUGCACCUCCAAGAACCACCGGCAAAGCCAAAUCUCAAAAUGAAGACACGAGCUCUCCUAACAGUCCAAGCAGUACAGAGAAUAAAACUGAUGCACAGUCGAAGCCAGAAGAGGAAACUAUGGACACCAGUCAGUACGUCGUGAGUGAGCUGGCCGCUCUGGAGACGGAGCAGAAACACAUCGACAGCAGGGCGGCUGUCGUGGAGCGGAGACUACGCAGCCUCAUGGAAACUGGAAGUGAUCGAGAUGAAGAAGAGCGUCUGAUUCAGGAGUGGUUUAUGUUAGUGAACAAGAAAAACGCUCUCAUCCGGAGACAAGACAACCUGGAACUCCUACAAGAGGAGCAGGAUUUGGAGCGGAGGUUUGAGCUGCUCACCAGAGAACUCCGAGUCAUGAUGGCUAUUGAAGACUGGCAGAAGUCCUCCGCUCAGCAGCAGAGGGAGCAGCUUCUUCUACAGGAGCUCGUGUCUUUGGUGAAUCAGAGAGACGAGAUCAUCAGGGACAUAGACGCAAAAGAGAGAGUGGCUCUGGAGGAGGACGAGCGGCUAGAGCGUGGUCUGGAGAUGAGGAGGAGAAAAUACAACAACAAAGACAAAUGUGUUCUUCAGUGA